AUGUCAUUUCAAUCUACCUUCUAUCGUUCACUGAUUUACUUUCAUGCAAUCAUCGCUAUUGCUGAGUUUCUAUUAACUUUCACUCUGAUUAUAGCUGUUUUACAUAAUUCCGAAAUAUUUUUCAAAAUAACCGGUCCUGAUGAUGAGGAUUGGAACUUGAUUGCUGAAGGCUAUCGAAUUGCUAUCUGGAUUCUAUUCCUCAUAGCUUGUCUUUUGGAUUAUUAUCAUUAUCGUGUAUGGUGGCAUUAUAAACCGCAAUUCACUGACAUUGGAUUUUUCUUCGAGAUGCCAACGACGCCACUUUCGCGAAAACAUAAACGAUAUAUUCCUUAUCAUUUGUUGGGUGAUCACCGCACUGAAAGUUUCGGCGAUAGAACAUGUUCUGCCGGCGUACACUGUAAAAAUCGUCAGUUGGAACAUAUAUUCAUAUUUCAUUUUCGAGGUUACAAUCCCCAGCGACGCUAUUUUGACAUUAUUCGAGCAGAUAAUCCGAAAAAUCUUUACAUUGGUUUUCAUCAGACUGAUCCUGCUUCAGCUGUCCUAAUUGCUCAUUCAGAUUUCAGGAUCAGUACUGGCUCUAGAAGCACAAUGCUAGGACACGGAAUUUACUUUGCUCGAUCAAGAGAGGGCACAGAAAAGAAAGCAAAUCGUCGUGGUGCUUUUAUAUGUGCUGAAAUUAAUAUGGGAAGAGUGUUUUAUAUCCGAUCGCACAAAAGAUCUGUGUACAGUGGGAAGAAAACUUGGUGGAGUACGCACGACACAGCAUAUUACUGCCAUCGAGAUCCUAAAUUCGAUGAAUUUUGUGUGAAAAGUCCAAAUCAAAUAUUAAGGUGGAUUAUAGUAAUCGAAAAACAAUUCGACAAAAAAGUCGAAAACUAUGGAUUAGAUACCGAAUUUGACGACACAAAAUGUGGAUGUUUCUAG